AUGGCGACCCAACAGCAGAUCGCUCUUGAGAGACUUGACAAUCUCGUCAGGGACCUGAGAUCACGGACCUCAGAUGAGACUCGAAAGCGGGCGGCUCUCCAGCUUAGAGAUUUGGUGCUCGUCUGCCAUCGGGACCUUCCUCUCGACCAGUUCAACACGAUAUACAGCCAAGUCAACAACAAAAUCACACAGUUGAUAUCACACGGAAAUGAUUCAUCCGAACGACUGGGCGGCGUCUACGCCCUCGACGCUCUCGUCGACGUCGAAGUAUCGGAGCAGUCAACCAAGAUGUUUGCCCGCUUCAACCAAAACCUGAAAACUAUUCUCCGCGGCAAGGACAUCAACCCCAUGCAGGCUGCAGCCAUUGCUUUGGGGAAAAUGUGUCGGCCAGGCGGUUCUAUGAUAAGCGAACUGGUCGAAUCCGAGACCCAAAUGGCCCUCGAAUGGCUGCAGAGCGAACGAGUAGAGGAGCGUCGGUACAGUGCCGCACUUGUUCUUCGCGAACUGGCAAGGCAGGCGCCUACGUUGAUGUACAAUUAUGUCGGCCUGGUGUUGGACCUCAUCUGGAACAGCUUGAGAGACAACCGUCAGCUCAUUCGCGCCACAUCCGCCGAAACUGUUGCUGCCUGCUUUCGCAUCAUUAGGGAACGCGACCAGGAGUUGAAGCAGACGUGGAUGGAGAAGGCCUACGCCGAACUCAUGCGCGGCCUACAGCAUGGCACAGUCGAGUACAUCCAUGCUUCGCUUCUCAUGCUCAAAGAGCUCCUGGAGCAAGGCGGCAUGUUCAUGCAGGAGCACUAUCCGGAAGCCUGCGAAAUCGUCCUUCGCUACAAGGACCAUCGCGACGUCACCAUUCGCAAGACUGUCGUCCUCCUCAUUCCCGAUCUUGCAAGCUACUCACCCGCUGAGUUUGACCGGAGCUACCUCCAUAAGUUCAUGGUCUAUUUGUCUGGCAUGCUGAAGAAGGACAAGGAGAGAAACGACGCAUUCUUGGCUAUUGGUAACAUCGCCAACUCGGUUAAGAGUGCUAUCGCUCCCUACCUCGAUGGGGUCAUGACACACGUCAGAGAAGGUCUCAGCCUUGCAGCUCGCAAACGCGGCUCAGUCGACGCAGUAUUCGAGUGCAUAAGCCGUCUCGCUGUUGCUGUCGGCCAGACACUGAGCAAGUAUAUGGAGGCGCUGCUUGACCCUAUUUUUGAAUGCGACCUCACUCCCAAAUUGACACAGGCCCUCGUCGAUAUGGCCUUCUACAUCCCACCUGCCAAGGACACCAUCCAGAAUCGGUUGCUUGAUAUGCUCAGCAUGGUUUUGUGUGGUGAGCCUUUUAAGCCUCUGGGAGCCCCUCACCCCAACACUCUCACAGCUGUCCCCGCUGUUCCCAAGGACUCCAAAGACCCCAUGGCAUACGAGCACCGCAAGGCCGAAGUCAAACUUGCCCUCAAUACCCUUGGCAGCUUCGACUUUACCGGACAUGUCCUCAACGAGUUUGUGCGAGAUGUCGCUGUGAAGUAUGUCGAGGAUGAAGACCCUGAGACAAGAGAGGCCGCAGCCCUCACAUGUUGCCAGCUUUAUGUGCGCGACCCCAUCGUCAACCAGACCAGUUACCACGCACUCCAGGUUGUCGGUGAUGUUAUCGAAAGACUGUUGACUGUGGGCGUGUCGGAUCCUGAACCGAAUAUUAGACGGACUGUUCUUGCCGCCCUCGAUGAACGCUUCGAUAGGCAUUUAGCCAAGGCAGAGAACAUUCGCACUUUGUUCUUUGCUCUCAAUGACGAGAUCUUUGCCAUUCGGGAGGUUGCAAUUUCGAUUAUUGGCCGUCUUGCUAGAUAUAACCCGGCAUACGUCAUUCCCUCCCUCCGGAAAACUCUCAUCCAGCUCCUGACCGAGCUUGAAUUCUCAGACGUGGCAAGGAACAAGGAAGAGAGUGCGAAGCUCCUCAGCCUGUUAGUCCAAAAUGCACAGGGUCUGGUCAAGCCAUAUGUGGACCCGAUGAUGUCCGUUCUGUUACCGAAGGCGAAUGACCCGAGCGCUUCUGUGGCCGCGACCAUUUUGAGAGCCAUUGGAGAACUUGCUUCAGUCGGCGGCGAGGAGGUCCUGCCCUACAAAGACCGUCUGAUGCCUCUCAUCAUUGAGGCUUUGCAAGAUCAAAGCUCAAACAACAAACGGGAGGCGGCACUUCAUGCUCUCGGUCAGCUGGCGAGUAACUCUGGAUACGUGAUAGAACCAUAUCUGGAGUACCCUCAGCUGCUGGAACUCCUCCAAAGCAUUAUCCGUACGGAAGGCCAGCGCGGCCCCUUACGACAGGAGACCAUCAAGCUGAUGGGCAUCCUGGGUGCUUUGGACCCUUACAAGUAUCAGCAGGUUGAGCAACGUCGACCAGAUGCGCAGCGCCGUGUCGAGAGCACACAGAUGACAGAUAUCUCACUCAUGAUGACCGGUUUGACGCCAUCCAGCAAAGAGUACUUUCCUACCGUUGUCAUCAACGCGCUCUUGCAGAUCCUCAAAGACAACUCCCUCUCGAGCCACCACGCAUCUGUUAUUGAGGCAAUCAUGAACAUCUUCCGUACUCUCGGCCUGGAGUGUGUUUCCUUCCUCGACCGUAUCAUUCCUGCCUUCCUUGGCGUUAUCCGCGCUGCAGACAAGACGCGCCUCGAUUCGUACUUUAGCCAGCUUGCCACCUUGGUGUCCAUUGUGCGGCAGCAUAUUCGCAACUUUCUCCCCGAAAUUGUCGAGAUUUGCCAAGAGUUCUGGCACACCACCAGCACGCUCCAGUCAACGAUUAUGAGUCUUGUGGAGGCCAUCUCGCGAUCCUUGGAGGGCGAGUUCAAGAUCUACUUGGCAGGCCUGCUGCCUCUCAUGCUAGGUGUGCUCGAAAAGGAUACAACAACAAGGCGCCUGCCAUCCGAGAAAGUUCUGCACGCAUUCCUGGUUUUCGGAUCUAGCGCCGAGGAAUACAUGCACUUGAUCAUCCCUGUUAUCGUCAGGACGUUCGAGAAGCAAGGGCAACCCUCUCCACUCCGCAAGCAGGCGAUCGAGACUAUUGGCAAGAUCACUUACCAGGUGAAUCUCAACGAUUACGCGGCCAAAAUCAUCCAUCCCCUCACUCGUAUUCUGGCCAGUGGUGAUAUUAACUUGAGGAUUGCCGCUCUCGACACGCUAUGUGCCUUGAUACAGCAGCUCGGAAAAGAUUAUCUCCACUUCAUGGGUACUGUCAACAAGGUUCUGACGCAACAUCAGAUCCAGCAUCAGAACUACGACCUGCUUGUAAACAAGCUGCAGAAGGGCGAGGUACUUCCGCAGGACCUUGGAGCCGGCGACCGUUUCAUCGAUCGGAUCGACGACCAGGCAGCUUUUGCUGAUCUUGGCGCAAAGAAGCUGGAGAUGAACGCCAUCCACCUCAAGCAAGCAUGGGAUACGAAGGGCAAGUCAACCAAGGAGGAUUGGCAGGAAUGGCUUCGUAGGUUUUCCACCACGCUGCUCACCGAGUCGCCGAACCACGCGCUUCGUGCGUGCGCUGCCCUAGCCAGCUCGUACUUGCCGCUCGCGCGUGAGCUGUUUAACUCGGCAUUUGUCUCUUGCUGGAGCGAGCUCUACGAGCAAUUCCAAGAUGAGCUGAUCCAGAACAUUGAGAGCGCCAUCAAAUCCGAGAACGUGCCUCCUGACCUGCUUGGUCUUCUGCUCAACCUCGCCGAGUUUAUGGAACACGACGAUAAGGCUCUGCCUAUUGACAUCAGAGUUCUCGGUCGCGAAGCGGCCCGGUGCCAUGCAUAUGCGAAGGCACUUCAUUACAAGGAACUGGAAUUUUUGCAGGACCAAAGCAGCGGGGCCGUUGAAGCUCUUAUCGUGAUCAACAACCAACUCCAGCAGUCCGAUGCAGCCAUUGGUAUUCUCCGCAAAGCACAGCUUUACCGAGAGGGAAUUCAACUUAGAGAGACAUGGUUCGAGAAGCUGGAGAGAUGGGAAGAAGCUCUUGCCUUCUACACAAAAAGAGAGAAGGAGGUCCCGGAAGACAAGCCUGUGCCCGUCGAUAUCAUCAUGGGCAAGAUGCGUUGUCUGCACGCUCUCGGCGAGUGGGAGGCGCUGGCUGGCCUCGCGAGCAACACCUGGGCCAACUCUUCACCCGACGUGCAGCGUCUUAUUGCUCCGCUCGCAACUGCUGCAGCAUGGGGCUUGGGCAAGUGGGAUUCAAUGGACAGCUACUUACAGUCUAUGAAGCGCUACUCAACUGAUCGAUCGUUCUUCGGCGCUAUCCUCGCCCUGCACCGGAACCAGUUUAGAGAAGCCUUGAACUGCGUGCAGCAAGCUCGGGAAGGCUUAGACACUGAAUUGAGUGCCCUCGUUAGCGAGUCGUACAAUCGCGCGUACCAGGUCGUGGUUAGAGUUCAGAUGCUGGCGGAACUCGAGGAGCUCAUUGUCUACAAGCAAACCGACGAUAAGAAGAAGGCCACCAUGCGCCGCACUUGGGAGACGAGACUCAAGGGAUGCCAACGUAACGUCGAGGUGUGGCAAAGAAUGCUGCGCCUCCGUGCCUUGGUCAUCACGCCGACAGAGAACAUGCACAUGUGGAUUAAAUUUGCUAAUCUCUGCCGCAAGUCUGGUCGUAUGGGACUUGCUGAGAAGUCCUUGAAGCAGCUUAUCGGCGUGGAGGCUCCUUUGGAAACUUUGAUUCCCUACUGGAAUGAGCGGCCACAGCAGCCCAACGCCGGCCUGGCCAGGAAUAUUCCCUCCCAAAUCAUCUAUGCCAUGCUCAAGUACGAGUGGGAGGUUGGCCAGCAACCCGCGUUCCGCACUUCUGGCAUUUCUGAGAGGACUCUCUACUGUCUGCGCAAGUUUACUAAUGACUCGGCACACCGGUACGAGGCAACCAAGGCUCAUCUCACAGCGCAGGCUCCUAACGGCAUGGACUUGACGAGUGAUUACGGCUUCCCGCACCAGAUCGACCCCAGCUUGAUGAACCCGCAGACACAGAAGGCCCUGCACGAUCAGACGGUUCUCCUGGCCAAGUGCUACCUACGCCAGGGCGAGUGGCUCAUUGCCUUGAACAAAGAAAACUGGCAAUACGAGCAUGUUCAGGACAUUCUCACCUCGUACUCGCAGGCUACCAAGUACAACCCGCGGUGGUACAAGGCAUGGCACGCCUGGGCUUUGGCCAAUUUCGAGAUUGUUCAGGCACUAUCUGCUAGGGGCGAAUGGACUGAUCACAUGGUCAUUGAGCACGUUGUUCCAGCUGUCCGCGGCUUCUUCAAGUCUAUUGCGUUGUCUGCCGGCAGCUCCCUCCAGGACACUCUCCGUCUUCUUACUCUUUGGUUCACCCAUGGUGCCAGUGCCGAUGUCAACGCGGCUGUUACUGAGGGAUUCACCAACGUCAGCGUCGACACAUGGCUGGAGGUUAUUCCUCAACUCAUUGCGCGCAUCAACCAGCCGAUGCGCCGCGUACAGCAAUCGAUCCAUAGUCUCCUAGCUGACGUUGGUCGAGCCCACCCGCAGGCUCUUGUCUACCCGUUGACGGUAGCCAUGAAGUCAUCGCAAAACACUCGUCGUUCGCGAUCCGCUGCUCAGAUUAUGGAUAGUAUGCGUCAACACAGCGCCAAUCUUGUUUCUCAAGCCGACAUUGUUAGCCACGAACUUAUCAGGGUUGCGGUUCUUUGGCACGAGCAAUGGCAUGAAGGACUCGAGGAAGCAUCUCGACUCUACUUCGGCGACCAUAACAUCGAGGGCAUGUUUGCCACUCUUGAGCCACUUCACGAUCAGCUCGAGCGUGGACCUGAAACUCUGCGCGAGAUUUCCUUCACUCAGGCCUUCGGUAGAGACCUCACCGAAGCCCGUGAGUGGUGCAGACAAUACGAGGCCAGUCGAGACGUCAACGACCUCAACCAAGCUUGGGAUCUUUACUAUCAGGUGUUCCGGCGCAUCUCGCGACAGCUACCACAGCUUACUACGCUCGAGUUGCCUUACUGUUCGCCGAAGUUGCUUGCCGCCAAGGAUCUCGACCUGGCGGUGCCUGGAACCUACCGCAGUGGCCAACCCAUCGUCCGUAUCAUGGAGUUUGACGGUACCUUUACGGUUAUUAACAGUAAGCAACGGCCCCGAAAACUCAACAUUAGUGGCAGUGACGGCGUGUCAUACGCCUUCUUGCUCAAGGGCCAUGAGGAUAUCCGCCAGGACGAACGAGUUAUGCAGUUGUUCGGUCUGUGCAACACCUUGUUGGCGAACGAUUCGGAGUGUUACAAGCGCCAUCUCAACAUUCAGCGGUAUCCUGCGAUCCCGCUUUCGCAGAACUCUGGUCUGCUGGGAUGGGUGCCCAACAGUGACACUCUUCACGUCCUGAUCCGGGAAUACCGCGAAAGCAGAAAGAUUCUCCUUAAUAUAGAGCAUCGCAUCAUGCUUCAAAUGGCGCCCGAUUAUGAUAACCUCACUCUCAUGCAGAAGGUCGAGGUCUUUGGCUAUGCGCUUGAUAACACCACCGGUCAAGACUUGUAUCGUGUUCUGUGGCUCAAGAGCAAGAGUUCAGAGGCCUGGUUGGAGCGACGCACCAACUACACGCGUUCCCUGGGUGUCAUGUCAAUGGUCGGCUACAUCCUCGGUCUCGGCGAUCGCCACCCAUCCAACCUUAUGCUUGAUCGUGUGACUGGCAAAAUCAUCCACAUCGAUUUUGGUGACUGUUUCGAAGUUGCAAUGAAGCGCGAGAAAUACCCUGAACGAGUGCCGUUCCGACUCACUCGUAUGCUCACUUACGCCAUGGAAGUGAGCAACAUUGAGGGCAGCUUCCGUAUUACCUGUGAGCAUGUUAUGAGAGUAUUGCGAGACAACAAGGACAGUCUCAUGGCUGUCUUGGAAGCGUUUAUUCAUGAUCCUCUCCUGACCUGGCGCCUUACGAAUGCUGCCAGCCCGGCCGGGCCGAAUUUCCGAUCUGAGAGAGAGCAAUCCAUUACGGGCCCGCAAGGCGCGCGCGCUCGCCGCCCAUCGGUCCUUGACGCAGAUGUGGCGCCCUCAGAGCUCCUCGCUGCCGAUCCUGGCAUGCCAAGCGGGCCGGUUGCGCGAUCCCGUUCGCGGACCAACUCUUCGAUGGCGCAUGAAGGCAGUGUUGUUAACGGUAACACCGGCCAAGACCCUGCCGAGAUCCAGAACGCGAGGGCCGUCGAGGUGUUGGAUCGCGUCUCUCAGAAAUUGACAGGCAAGGACUUCAAACCGAAUGAAGAACUUGAUGUUAUCAACCAGGUUAACAAGCUCAUCACGGAGGCCACAAAGUUGGAGAACCUGUGUCAGCAUUACAUUGGAUGGUGCAGCUUCUGGUAA